UAUUCUGUCUCCUGUCCUUAACCUAUAACGUUUAUCAACGAGCUGAAGAAAAUACCGUAAAAUAGGAAGUUUUUUUUUUAGAACAGUUUGGACCCACAAUGCAUUUCGCAACCAUACUUUGAUUGGUCCGAACCUCGGCAAAUGCCUGCCUUCGAUAAGCCUUGCAUCGUGUUUUGUAUUUUCAGGACAACAUUUUCUCAAAUGGAAAAGAGUCAAGAUUUCACCCUUUGUGGGAAAGAUGUUGUGACUGAAGCUGGUCUAAGAGAUGAUUACUACUGGAAGCUUGUUGCUGACUUUAUCGGCCCUCAGUCAGGAGAAGAAUUGACGCUCGAGAAAACAUCAUGUAAAUACAGGGUUCUGAUUCAAAUUGGACUUCUGAGAGAGGACAAUAACUUUCCCUGGAUCGCCAUCAUAGAGUGGCUCAAAAAAAUCUUCCCCAGGCAUCAGUCUGCUGACUUUCGGCGACUGAUUGAGAGGGGCAUCGCAACUACCUUGAGUCUUGAAAGUGAUGCACGGCUAACUUUCCUCGAGUCAGACGUCAACUUCAGCUUUGUCGGCCCAAUAUGUGACAGCAUUGGUGUAGAAAGGGAAGACCUUCUGGAGCUCACAAAUUUUUCAGAGCGAGCUCAGUCGAUAGAGGUCACAAAUGCACUGAUUCUUGAGCUGAGCGACUUUAUCGCUCGGGAGAAGCUUUCUCCAAUUGUCAUUGUUACUUGGCUGAGAAACUUCAACCCUGAGUUCUGUAAAGACGGGGACAUUCAGAAGGCAUAUAAAACCCUGAAGCCUAAGAUAAAGAAGAUCCGGUUGUUUUGUAACAAUCAUGAAACAAGAAGUCACAGAAGAAACAUACCAAUGGAAAAUCUGCUUCAAAGCCCAUUCGAACUGGUUCACAAGAAAAUGCCAAAGAUAAUUCUGAAGAAACGCAUAAAGAGAAAUGAGAUUAUUAAUUAUGAAAAAGUUGCGGUCAAAGAGGAGUACGAGAGCUGUGAAAUUUCCCAAUCUGAAGGGCCUGAGAUAAAAAAAAUGAACUUUGGGGACACAAUGCAGAGGAAUAAUGAUGAUGCGGGUGACACGAGUGAAGAGGAUCCAGACACGUGCAGUGGUGGGGAUAAAAACUCAGACAAUAGAGGGGAGUCACUGACUCUGUUAGAUAUUACAAUGCUGUCUGUUCAGAAGCUUUCAAGUGUGUAUGGUGGGAAAACUGCAGCAUGCAAACAGGUUUCCUUGGAUCUGCUCAAAAAUCAGUACGCUCUAACAAGCAAGGAGCACCCUGCCAUGAUGGAAUUUGAGAGGAAACUCGAUGCAUUGCCCGAAGAUGUUAAGCUUGUGCGUCCAGUGGAGUUUUUAAACUACAAUGCCCAUUUCCUCGUUGAUCUGCAUGAUGCGGUGGAGAAGCACAUAAUGAGCUUCGAGAAAGAGAUCGUUCAGUCUUCAGGGGAAAAACUGGGCAGAGAUAAGCUUCUGAAAUUCAAGUUCUUUGUGAAUUUGCCAGAAAGUGCCACUUUCCGCUUCAUUCACAUGGCCUGUGAUGUCUUGAGCCCACGCACACCUGACAUGCACAAUUACAGAAAACACUGGAUGGCUUUCUGUGCAGAAAAGAAAAACCCCUCCAGACUUGCAGUGAACCAGUCAAAUAGAUUCAACAACUACUUUGAAGCAGCUGCAGGCCUUAUUCACCACCACAAAGAGAUUGCUCUCUUCUUCUCUGACUUGCUCUUGAUGAACAAUGACGAAUGUACCAACGUUAUUCUAGAGAGCGUAGCGGCAGAUGCAAGUGACGCCGUCAUCCAGAGUUUUGUCUGUGUUCUAGCCAUAGUUUACUGCAAAAUCCUUGGCCCUUACUGGCAGCUUCUGAAGAGUGGAGGAGAAUACGCUCUGUUCAGUAAGUACCUGCUCUGCCUCUAUCAAAAGUUCCUGGACUGGUCGAAAGAUCCUUCAACUCUAUUGGAACCAGAGGAGGGCGCAAAUGUGUUUCUGCAGUUCCCUCUGCAAGAGAAAACUUUCAGGGGUGUGUUUGAGUACUGUGGCCAGUGGCACACAAACAGAGAUCUCAUUAAAGCUUGUCUGAAGAGAACCAUAAAGGUAAUCGCUGCCGUCACUGAGGAACAUCUGAAGAAGUUUCUUCCUGGAGGAAGCUUUUCUCAGAUACCUUCCACUGAAGUGAACCUGCAGCUAGUGAGUUGCACGUUCUCCGUCUUGAUGGCGGAAUAUCCCUUUGGCCAUGCAUAUCCUUAUAGAAAGGAAAGACCUGACAAGUUGUCAAAGGGCUCCUUGGUGUCUGGUAGCUCUCAGGAGGAUGGUGAGUCCUCUGGCAACAGCUCUGAUGAAUCGUCAAGCUUUCAAUAUAAAAAAAGUUUCCAAAAGCAGGACCAGAGUCCACAGAUGAAGAAGGUUUCUAAAAGAGCCCAGCCAGAGGAGCACGAAGAGAUCAUGGACAGGCAUUACAUCAUAGAAACAGUGGCCAGAAACGGAGGGCCAUGUAAAACGCAGCAAGAUGUGGAUAAGUUGAUGCUACGCUUCGAUGGAAAGUCCCGGCAGGAAAAGCGAGAGGGACUCCGCUGUGAGAUUCUGUACCAGCAAAUGGUCCUAAACAACCAAAACCCACACCUAGAGAGGCCAUACAUCAAUAGCACCCAAAUGAUGCUGAAGUUGAAGUUUGCCCUCCCUCGUGUGAAACCAAGCUUCUCUGUGGUGUUGGAGCCUCGAAAGACUAAAGUAAGAACCAAAGUCCAGAUUGUUCCAGAAGGUCUGCCAACUCCAGAAGUCGUGGUUCCUCCAGCUGAACAAGACAGUGUGUUAGAGCCUGUUGGUGAAAAUGUGGACGAAUGACAUCGUGGGACUUCAUAUUGAGAGAAAUGGACUUUGACUUCAGUCUUUUUGCCUGCAAAUUUUAGAUGUUUACUUUUGUGCCACUGUAGUACAAUUAUUGCUGUUGAGAAGGUUUUAAUAUUGCAUGUUUUUGAGAGUUUGCUGCAUACUACUCGUUACCAAUACCAAGGUAAUAUUAUGUUACUUUAUUUGGCGCUGUCAGAUGUCUGUCUCGUUUUCUUGAUGAUGUAUGAAUUUAAAAAAACAAAGUGCCAGGUGUCAUUGCAAGUAAAAUGUAGAAACCAGUU